AUGGCUACCAAAGCAAAAAUUCUCAUUGCAGACCCACUGAGCGAGUCUGGACUUAGUCCUCUCUCAGACCCAAAAUUCACCAUCGAUAUCAAGACUGGCCUUUCGGAAGCUCAAUUGUGUGACAUAAUUGGCGAUUAUGCCGCCCUUGUCGUACGAUCGGAAACGAAAGUUACAGCAAAGGUGCUGGCAUGCGCAAAAAACCUCAAAAUUGUCGGUAGAGCCGGCGUGGGAGUCGAUAACAUCGAUGUUAACGCCGCAACGAAGUUGGGGAUCAUGGUCGUUAAUAGUCCCGAUGGGAAUGUCAUUGCUGCAGCUGAGCUUACGCUCGCAUUGAUUUUGGCUGCGGCUAGGAACAUUGGCAGGGCAUCUCAUGGAAUGAAAGAGAGCAAGUGGGAGAGGAAACAACUAGUGGGUGUACAGCUCAAAGGCAAGGUUUUGGGUAUCGUGGGAUUUGGCAAAGUUGGACAACAUGUUGCCAGAGGGGCAGUUGGAAUGGGCAUGAAAGUAAUCGCUACGGACCCUUAUGCAUCGGCCUCGAUAGCCUCUCGCCUUUCAGUCAAACUUACUACGCUCAAGGAGGUCCUGGAAACCGCAGACUUCCUAACUCUUCAUACACCGCUACUCCCAUCUACCAAGAAUAUGAUAAAUUCUCAGCAACUAGCUGCUAUGAAGUCAGGCCAUAGUAUCAUUAAUGUCGCUCGGGGAGGCCUAAUUGACGAAGAUGCUCUUCUAAAGUCACUUCAAGAAGGACAUACUCGAUCGGCGGCAUUGGACGUCUUCCCUCAAGAACCACCAUUCAAAUCAGCUUCCUCCGUCGCGUUAAUGGCCCAUAAGAACGUAAUUUCAACCCCUCACUUGGGCGCUUCGACUGCAGAAGCUCAACAUGCAGUUGCAGUAGAUGUCACAGAGCAAAUAAGAGAUGUUCUGUUAAACCAAUUACCUCGUUCGGCUGUGAACGCGCCAACAAUUAGCACCUCAGACCUCGAGAAAAUAAAUCCAUACACUCAGUUAAUUGAAAAAAUGGGACAACUGUACACCGCCCACUUUAAGCACCAGCCUCCAUCAUAUGAGCUCAUAUUUUCCGGCUCAAUCGCUAGUGUUCCAACUGCGCCACUCUUCGCAGCGCUAAUAAAUGGUUUAACGAAGUCAAUUUCCGCUAGAGGAACCACCGUCAAUGUUGUCAAUGCUAAGUUGGUAGCUAAAGAGCGCGGUAUCGUGGUUCAGGAACGGAAGGUCCCUGAGGAUACUACCUACAGCAGCCUGGUCACUAUCAAAGGUGCUAACGGAGAUAUUAUCCAAGGCUUUUGCAGUGAAGGGAGCGGACCACAGAUCGUUCGGAUUGGUGACUUCGAAACCAACUUUGUACCACAAGGAACAGUUCUCAUUGCUAGGAACUUCGAUAGGCCGGGAAUGAUUGGUGUUGUCGGAAGAAUUUUGGGAGGCGAGGGUUUGAACAUCAAAAAUAUGACAGUGGCUGCAAGAAAAUAUGGGAAUGGUGAGAAAGAAGGAGACGCUCUGAUGAUACUAGGGGUGGAUGGGGGCAAAGUUAGAGAAGGAGCACUAAGAGAAAUCGAAUCCACUAAUGGCAUGUUGAGCGCACAAGUGGUUUCCUUUGACCCGUCAGAGGAAAAAGUAUUGGCAAAGCUUUAA